UUAUCUCUGACACCCUACUUAACUCACUCCAUUCCAUACCACUCCACUCACACAGUCACACUUCCCACUCCUACACUUCUGUCUUUUCUCUCUCCUCCAUGGCUAAACUCCAUUUUCUCUUCUUUCUCUUCUUUCUCGCCUCAACUUCUGCUCAACAACCCGAACCCAAACCCGAAACCCGAAAGACCUACAUAAUUAGGGUUGAUAAUUCUCAAAAACCUACAAUCUUCCCCACACAUUACCAUUGGUACAGUUCUGAAUUCACAUCGGAAUCUUCUCAAAUCCUUCACACAUACGACACCGUUUUUCAUGGCUUCUCCGCCGUUUUAACCCCGUCACAGGCUGACAAUCUCAAUAAUAAUCCCUCCAUUCUCGCCGUUUUUGAAGACCGUCGUCGUGAACUUCAUACUACGCGUUCUCCACAAUUUCUUGGACUCCGAAUCCAGCGUGGAUUAUGGUCCGAAUCCGAUUAUGGAUCCGACGUCAUUAUCGGAGUCCUUGAUACGGGUAUUUGGCCUGAGAGACGUUCUUUCUCCGACCAAAACCUGGGCCCGAUUCCUAAACGCUGGAAAGGUGAGUGUGAAACGGGUGAGAAAUUCGGCCCGGAAAAUUGUAACCGUAAAAUAAUCGGAGCUAGAUUCUUUUCUAAAGGACAUGAAGCCGCCUUUCCUGGGAUUGGUGUUGCUAAUACGACGUCGUCUUUGGAGUUUAAAUCUCCACGAGAUGCAGACGGACAUGGGACUCACACUGCCUCAACAGCAGCUGGAAGAUACUCAUUUAAAGCAAGUAUGAAUGGGUAUGCUUCUGGGGUUGCUAAAGGAGUAGCUCCGAAAGCCCGAUUAGCCGUUUACAAGGUUUGUUGGAAAAAUUCGGGUUGUUUUGAUUCGGAUAUUUUAGGCGCUUUUGAUUCUGCGGUUAAUGAUGGUGUAGAUGUUAUUUCUAUCUCAAUCGGUGGUGGAGAUGGGAUUUCUUCCCCAUAUUAUCUUGAUCCGAUUGCAAUCGGAUCUUAUGGAGCGGUUUCCCGUGGAGUAUUUGUUUCUUCAUCUGCUGGUAAUGAUGGGCCGAAUACUAUGUCGGUUACUAAUUUAGCUCCAUGGAUCACUACCGUUGGAGCGAGUACAAUUGAUCGGAAUUUCCCAGCUGAGAUUGUGUUAGGAAAUGGGAAGAAAAUUACUGGGGUUUCACUUUAUGCAGGCAAACCUUUGAAGAACAAAUUGUACCCGAUUGUAUACCCGGGUAAAACGGGUACUCUAUCCGUUUCUUUAUGUAUGGAGAAUUCUCUGGACCCAGUUGAAGUCAAGGGUAAAAUUGUGGUUUGUGAUCGUGGGAGUAACCCUAGGGUUGCUAAAGGUGUUGUAGUGAAAAAAGCUGGUGGCGUUGGGAUGAUUCUGGCUAACGGCGUUGCUAACGGUGAAGGAUUAGUUGGGGAUGCUCAUAUAAUCCCAGCCGUUAGUGUGGGAUCUAACGAAGGUGACUUGAUUAAAUCCUACGCUUCAUCGCCGUUAGCUACGGCGACGAUUAAUUUCAAGGGGACCGUUGUUGGGAUUAAACCAGCCCCGAUCGUGGCUUCAUUUUCGGGUCGAGGACCCAGUGGGUUAAACCCGGAGAUAUUAAAACCUGAUUUAAUAGCUCCGGGUGUUAACAUCCUAGCCGGUUGGACCGAUGCUGUCGGCCCAACCGGGUUAGAUAUUGAUUCGCGAAGAACUGAAUUCAAUAUCCUUUCCGGUACUUCAAUGGCGUGCCCCCAUGUCAGUGGUGCCGCCGCUUUGUUGAAAUCGGCGCAUCCUGAUUGGUCGCCCGCGAUGAUCAAAUCAGCCAUUAUGACAACAGCCAGUGUUACCGAUAAUCAGAUGAAUCAUAUGACUGAUGAAGCAGCUCCGGGAAAAGCUUCCACGCCGUAUGAUUUUGGGUCGGGUCAUUUGAAUCUGGACCAAGCAAUGGAUCCGGGUUUGGUUUAUGAUCUUGCUGAUGAGGAUUAUGUGAACUUCAUGUGUGCAAUCGGGUAUGGACCCAAGACAAUCCAAGUUAUCACUCGGGCUCCGGAGAUAUGUAACCGGAAAGCAUUACCGGAGAAUUUGAAUUACCCAUCAAUUGCAGUGUUGUUUCCGACAUCCAAUACCGGAGUUUCUAGAAAGACCUUUAUUAGGACGGUGACAAAUGUAGGAGACGAUGUUAUCGCCGUUUAUAAGGUUCAAGUGAAUUCUCCGGGGAAGGGGAUAACGGUAACUGUAAAACCGUCAACUUUGGUGUUUAAUGAGAAGGUGAAAAAAUUGAGUUACACUGUGACAGUUAGUGCUGAUAGUAAGAAUAUGAAUUUGGGUGAUACGGGUGCGGGUUUCGGGUCAAUUACUUGGGUUGAUGGAAAACAUGUGGUUCGGAGCCCCAUUGUAGUGACCCAAGUAACCCCGUUGUAAUCAUGUAGGUGAAGGUGUAUAAUAGGGUAAAAAAGAUGGGUAUCUUUGAUGGUAAUGAUCAAAGGUUGGGUAGAAUUGUAGCCGUUUGAUAAGUUUUAGCUUUUGAUGGUGAUUAUGAUAAGAGGUUUACUUUUGUAUUUUGGGUGGGUUCCCUAUUUAUUUAUGACUUUUGCUUUUGCUUUUGCUUUUGGGAUGGGUUCAUGCCCUUAAUUGGGUUUCUGUCUUCAUGAUGUUGUUGUAAUUAAAAAGGGCAAUGUCGUAUAAAAGACAGAUAAGAAAUUAAAAGUUUUAUAUAUAAAUUUUUACUAUAAACUUUAAU